CGUAUUGACAUAGCUCCUGGAUUUAAAAAAUGGUGCGGUAUUUUUCUAUCAAGCUGGCUAUCUGUCAGAAGUGAUGUGAUCUUCGGACUGUUUUGAAUGCUGCUCUGGGCGAUAGAAGGAGACAUCGGAGAUUUUCGGUAAACUGUCUUACGCUUUUUGCUGUUUGUAAAAUGUACAUUUCAGCUUCAACUCGUUUACUAGCUGGCUAGGCUAACCCACUUAAAGAAAUUCCAUUAAUUGGAUUUGGGCUCUUGCUGACCAAAACAGCCUGCUUGGUUGAUGACCUUUCUACUUCAACAUAGUAUCCACCAAAAUGAGCUGGGACAAUCAACUGAGUUCUAUACUUUCUGCAGCAGAUGGCAGUGUUGCGAAAAUGCGGGAGCGUCUUGGCACGCAUGGAAAGUACUCUAAAGGAAGGGAAGACCUGUACCCAGUGAGGGAGCUGUCGCGUGGGCCAGAUUUGGAUCCAUCUCCCCUUCCCCUUCCUCCGCUGUCCCAGCCCUCCGCUGCUCUCAGCCCUGCUGUUCAGUGGAACGACCUGGCAGGUCUCCAGGCUCAGCUACAGAGCCAAAGUCAGAUGAUUGAGUCACUUUCACAAAACUUGCGAUCCAUGGAGAGAGACAGACUUGCGCAGCAGCGGCAAAUGCAGACAUUGCAAGAGGAGGUACGUCGCCUGCGGGAAAAGACAGAUGAGCGGGAGAGGGAGAGGGGGGCGGAGAGGAGGGGAGCGAGCCCGGGUGUGGAGAGCAGGAUGGAGGAGUGGAAGAGGGAGGUAACCCGUGAGCUGAGCAGCCUGCGGGGUCACGUCAAUAGAACCACAUCGCUAGGCAACCUGGAGGAGAGUUUCAGCUCCAAACUACGCAGGGAAGAGGUGGACCAGCUAAGGAGAGAGGUUGACCAGCUCAAGACCAAACUGAUGAGACAGGAGGAGGAUGUGUUCCAGCAACAGUCUGAGGCUAGAGAAACACGGAGACAGUAUGAACGCAGCUGCAAGACACUGGAGAGUCUUACAGACAGUUACCGCACACAUAGCUUUGACCUGGCCAGGACCAUCUCCCAGUACCAGAACACCCAACAGGAAGUCCGGGACAUCAGGGUGACUGUAUCGGAGCUGAAAGAUGAGGUGAGAGGACUGAUUCUACGGGACAGGCUACCCACACCUGCAGCAGCACCUCAGAGGCCAGCGCUUGCCUCAGCGGUAGCCAUGGAAACCAUCCCCCGGAAGCAGCCUACGGGAGCGGCGGCAGUGGCAGCAGUGUCUGCGUUGGUGGCAGGCCUGGACUCUGACAGCGACUUCAGUCCCACCCCCAGUCUGGGGGAUGUGAGCUCGGACGACCUGGACUUCUCUUGGCCCUCCAAGCGUGAGCCAGUUCAACGAAGAAUUAAGCGUCGGGGAAAUCCGACCAUUCGGUCACCUGGAAGUGACCUCAGUGACGAAGAAAGUGGACUAGAUGAUGAUGACUAUGGUGGUGUGCUUGGACAACUGUCAGACAGUCCACCUGAACUUAGUCUCAGCGACCUCUGACCUCAAAGCAAGAAGGGACUUUUUAAUGGAGCGAUGUGGACAACAACACCUCGUGUCCUAUUAAGAGAGUAUUUCCAGAGGUGAAAUCUAGACGAAGUUGUAUUUCUAGAGCUCUCUGUAUUUAAGUACAUACAGUAUUUAAGUACACGGUUAAAUUAAACUGUCAUAGGAUGCAUUUUGUGAAUGCUCCACACUAUGAUAUCUGGAGGUGCUACAAAAAAAAAACACAAGGCUUUCUUUUUCUUAUACUGUAGCCUUAACAGCUGCACCACCUUCAAGUGGUGAAUGUAUGUUAAUAACUUAACACUACACAUUUUAACCUAAUUAACCAUCUUGAUUUUAGAACCGAGUAUCUGUGGAUAUUCGUAUCAAGAUUUUGUUGUAAAUGGUGGGAGGCCAACUUGCCAUCGCGUUUCUGCGGUCACAAGACUUAAUUGUGUGGUGCUAUUAUCUUUGUGGGAUAAGAGGUGGACACAAAUGACUGAGCUAUUUGGAGAUGUCCUUGCGUUCAGCUUUAACCUGCAGUGCACUUCUCUGCCCAUUUAAACAACUUUUCCUAUUCACAGCUAAAGGGAAGUGUUUAGCAGAGUGAAAGAGUGCAUGAAAAAGGAUUAUUGUUUUCAAAAUGACUGGCUGCAGGUUGGCCCAUUUGCAUGCUGACCCAGUGUUGAACACAAAGUCAAAUCAUCAUCCUCGGGCAGACUGUAAAAAGUGUGUGUGUGUGUGUGUGUGUGUGUGUGUACGUGUACACUUGUAAGGGGGGUGGCAAGCACCCCAAAAUGGAGCCAUGCCAUCCUGACAAAGACCUCAUUAACCCCCGCCCCCACCACCACCACCACCACCACCCUAAAUCCCUUGUCCUUCCACACCCUGUCCUGUAAACGCAUUAAGUUCAGGGCUCCGUGUUGGCUUACAUCAGUGACAUUCCCAAAAGCUGUUUAAUAUUUCAGGAGCAGUCCGGCUCCUCUCCCUCUCUCUGCAUCCUGCCUAAUUAAUGCAGCAGGGACCAGGGCCGUGUCCUGUAGCCAGACACCCCCCGUGGAGGGACGAGCCGGAGUGGACCCCAUCUCCACUGCUUCUCCCCCAGCAGGAGACCGAGCGGGAGGGGUGGACCCCGCCACACAGAUGUGCUCGCUCAGCACAAAGACACUACUUCAGCUUCAUGUUUCACCAUAACUCAUGCUGCUAGGCUGAGGAGUAUUGUUUUUUGAUACUAAAUUAACUAACACCAGAUGGAUGACUGCUGAUUUCUGUUAUGUGCUUGAGGAAGACUGUGUUACAUGACAGUGUUGUUGAUGGAAGUAUGGAAUAUUGUAAUUGUUUAAUUAUUGGAGGUUAUGUUUUCUAUAGAAGAGCAGUGGUAUUGCUUUAAGCCAGACUAACAUUAACUUCAGUGGCUGAUACCAAGCGCUUCACAAUGUAAUUGUUUUUUGUUGUUUUUUUUAAUAAUAAAAAAAAAAGUCACAUAACAAAGACAAUCCUGUAUUCUACAGCAAAAACUUAAAAUACAGAACACAAUUUGGCACUUUUUUUUUUCUGGAGCUGCAAUAUACAAA